CCCUGCCUCAAAUUCAAUACUCAUGUUCAUAACAUUCAUUACGGUAUCUAUCUAACAUGGUCGGAUUAGACGACGUACGUGCCACGAACACUGCUCUAGUUCAGCGCCAGCCUUUGGUUGCUGUCUUCUUUGGUGGUACCUCAGGCAUUGGUCACUAUACCUUGCGUGCAUUGGCCACAGCGGAAGCCAAUGGUGGUAAGGGCUUUCGUGCAUAUAUUGUUGGCAGAAAUAUCAAAGCCGCCGAAGAGAUUAUUGCAGAAUGUCGUGGCAUAUGCCCCAAAGCCCAGAUCAGAUUCUUGCAGACUGAAGAUAUCUCGCUGAUUCAAAAUGUAAAUCGCGUCUGCGAAGAGAUUAUUCAGAUGGAAGAAAAGGAGCAACAAGACCCAAGGAUCGACUAUCUCAUGCUAAGUCAGGGAGGGCCUAUAUACCAGCCACGGAAAGACACGAAAGAAGGUAUCGACGUCACGAUGUCCUUGAUGUACUACUCUCGCAUGAGAGCGAUAACAAAGCUCCUUCCAUUGCUACUCAAAUCCACUCUCCCUGCAACAGUCGUUUCGGUUUUUGCCGCUGGUUACGAGCAAAAGCUAUUUCCCGACGACCUCUCUUUGCGCGAUCUAGAUAACUAUAACUAUUCUACGGCUCGCUCACAUAUGAUUUACAUGCAUGUGUGCUUCAUGGAAACCUUGGCAGAACAACAUCGUGGGAAGCUCAGUCUGAUACACAUCUUCCCUGGUCUCGUGUUGGGACCCGGGUUUGAGAAGCAUGACUUGCCUGCUUGGUUCAGAGUGCUGUGGCGUUACAUAUUUGUUCCCUUCUUCGCACCUUUCCUGACUGUUCCACCAUCCGAGAGUGGUGACAGGAUGCUGAGCCUGGCGUCGUCUCGUUAUCCGCCACGGGGGGCGACUUCUGCACAGAACAAAGAGGAGACUACUGUGGGAACAGAUGGUGAGCUUGGAAGCGGUGCUUACUCUCUUGGCAAGUACUGCGAUACCAACUACAACGCCAAGUCCUAUGAGAAGAUCAACAAGGACGAACUGAGGCAGAAGGUGUGGAAUCAUACUAUGAGCGCUUUCGAGACUAUCGAGGCAGGUGAAGUUUUUGCGAAAUGAGGGGGUCUUAUGGAUUACUUAGGGGAUGGAUCAUUUGUAAUGAAAUAUG